AUGGGUUACAUCAGAGUAAAUGAAGAAGUAGUGAGAAAUAAGAAUACCAUUUCCAGAGUUAAGCUUAUAAUAAAGAAGUUAAUGAGGAGAGUAGAACUCUCUAUAUUCAGACGAGAACUUGAAGGCGACUAUGGAGAAUAUACUACGAGCAAAGUUGUCGAUGGUUAUAAUUUCACGGGUUACGAUGGCAGAGUGGUGGAAGGUCAUUUUCCAGUGUUGACUAUAGGCGGAGAUGAACCGCCGAAGAAGUUUUUUGUUGGAUUAAGAUACUUGAACCAUCCUGCAUUUGUCAAGUUACUUGAAGAAAGAGAGAGUAAGUUAGGAUUUGAUCAACAAGGUGUUCUUGUCGUUCCCUGUCAAGCAAGUGAGCUUCAAAGUAUCUUAUCUUGGAUUGUGUUCUUGAUUACUACUACAGUGAGCAAAAAUGGCGUCUUUGCUGCCUUCAUCCUCACAUUUCAGCUUAAGAAAAACCCAAAUUUAACGAAACCCAGAAUUAAUCCAUCAAUUUCCUCUUCACUUUCUAAUUGUAAUGAAAAAUGGGUUUUGAAUUUGCAAUCAAAAUCAUUGAAUUUCGGCCUCUCUAGUGCUCUGGCUCUUGGAUUAUCUCUUUCUGGAGUUGGUAUUGCUGAGGCGGCAUUAAGUGGUGUUAAUAAGCCAGAAUUGCUGCCUAAAGAUUUCAGUACUGUUAUUGAUGUUGCUGGUUUCCUUUCUGCUGGUCAGGAAAGGCGUCUUGCUCAGGAGAUUGCUAAUAUUGAAAAGGAUACAGGAUUCAAGCUUAGAAUAUUGGCUCAGAAUUAUCCUGAGACACCUGGGUUAGCAAUUAAAGAUUAUUGGCAAGUAGAUGACAGAACCAUUGUGUUCGUAGCUGAUCCGACAUUCGGCAAUAUCUUGAACUUCAAUGUGGGGGCUAUAGUUGAUUUAGACAUACCCCGUAGCUUUUGGAGUCGUUUGGCAGGGAAAUACGGCAACAUGUUCUAUUGGAAGGAAAAGGGUGAAGAUGCAUCUGUUGAGGCUGCUGUCAUGGCAAUAUCACAAUGCUUAAGCGAACCUGUCGGCCCUACUAAUUGCUCGGAGGUGAAGUGAUAUCAGCAGAGUAAGUGUUUUCCCUCAACUUCGCCAUUUGCACAAAUUAUGCUCACAGAUAAGCCUUACUACAAACCCUUAAUUUCCAUCUUACUUUGCUUGGUCACUUUGUAUGACUUUAAGUCCAACUCCGGUGGAUUCCCUUUCAGUAUAUAGAAAUUUGACAUUCUUUAUAAACGCUUAUUGAGUAUCA